AUGGAACAUCAUGCACAAUUUUCCACAAUGGACUCAGAAAAUUGCCGAAAAAUGAUAGAUCUUAAGGGCUACAAGAUGAACGAUGUGUUACAGGGUGUUGCAGUGGUGGCACCAAUGGUUGCUCAGAGUGAUUUAGCCUUUAGAUUAUUAUGCCGUCGUUAUGGUUCAGAAUUGGCCUACACUCCCAUGUUACAUGCUAGAAAUUUCUUAACAUCAAAAACCUACAGAGAUAAGAACUUCCACACGCUACCUCAGGAUCGUCCACUUUUUGCGCAAUUUUGCGGCAAUAAUCCUGACACAAUUGUAAGAGCGGCGCGGAUUAUUGAGUCGGAAAUAGAUGCAGUGGAUAUAAACUUUGGAUGCCCACAGGAGAUAGCAAGGCGCGGCAACUAUGGUGCCUUUCUACUAGAUAAUCCACAGUCUAUGUGUGAAAUAAUAUCCACCUUAUCCAAGUCACUAAAUGUGCCUGUUACAUGCAAAAUAAGGAAAUUAGACGGGGAUUUUCAAUACACAGUAAAUCUUUCACGACAAUUGGAAGCAUCGGGUUGUGACAUAAUAGCCAUUCAUGGCAGAAGAAAGGACGAAAGGGGAUCAAAGGUUAAAAGUGCCGAUUGGGAUGUCAUAAAAAACGUGGUUAAUAGCGUAAGAAUACCUAUUAUUGCAAACGGAGGAGUUUCAAGCCUGGAAGAUGCUAUUAAAUGUCUAGAGUAUACAGGCUGCACUGGGAUAAUGGUUGCCGAAGCUAUACUUGAGAAUCCUGCCUUUUUCUCUAGGAACAAGACACGGCGUAGCGAUUUAUUUAUGGAAUAUUUACAAAUAAUCGAAGAGUUUCAAUGCAGGGACGCUGAAAAUUGCAUUAAACCUCAUGCAUUUAAGAUGUUAUACCCCUUACUGAAAUUAGAGGGGUUGAGUUAUCAACAGUUAGAAUCAUGCACAAACAUCGGACAGUUUCGGGAAGUAGUUAAGAAACUUGAGCCUUUUAGUGACAAAUUUGACAAACAAAAGGAGUUAAGGUGGUAUUAUAGACACGGCGUUUGGUAA